AAUAUAGCUUUGCUUGGAUUGAUGUCCUUGCUUUCUCUACUCCCAAUGUCUCUGCAACUGAGCUUUCAAACUCUGUUAUGUGCUUGGGUUUCUCUGCCAAGUCUCUUCGAAUUGCCGUUUUCAGGACCGAAUUUUGAGGAACUGGAAUGGAUAACCCUGACAAUGAAGUUUGCAGACGAAUUAUAUUUCUAAGAUCUGAGAGAUAACUAGUGAAUUUCUCGUACUUAAGGGCGGAGGAUUUUCUCCUGGUAAGUUAAGGAGUAUGCUUUUGGGGAUUGAGAAGAAGAGAAACGAAGUGGAAGAGCUGGAAUCUACGUGUUCUUUGAGAUCUACAGUUAGUGAGAUGGAUGACAGAGGGAUUGGUACUUCUGAGAAUUGCAAAGAUGUAGAUGUUCUUCCUGACUGCACAACCUCAACAACGACAGCAGACACGUUAGCUUCUGAUACGGCUAGUGAUCGUAGAUUAAAGGAACAUUCUUUACCAAAUUCGAGAAUUAGAUUUCAAGAUGAUGGGUCUCUAGACUAUGAUAGUGGACACGAGAGUGCAAGUGUAUCAUCCUCUACAUUUGAAUUUCAGAGGGCUGAGAGGGCCUCCCACAGAGUGCCCUUUGCUCCAUUCUCCAAACCAGCCCCUUCUAAGUGGGAUGAUGCACAGAAAUGGAUUGCGAGCCCAACGUCGAACAGGCCUAAGAGUGGGACAUCCCAACUGCCUGGUGGGCAGCCGGUUGGAUCUCGGAAAACUGGUCUGCUCGGAUAUGGAAGUCGGUCAUCCGCUGCUAAGGUUGUUCUCGAAGUUCCAGAUGAAAAAAUAGUUGCUUUUGACAAUGUAGAUACCAAGUGUGUUGAUCCGAGCGAAUCCAAGAAGGAAGUGGGGGCACAGAAGGUUGUUAGUUGGAUGCCAGACACAAAUCCAGCUGCAGAAUCAUAUUCUAAGCCGGCAUUUAUAGUCGAGAGCUCUGUUUCAGAUUCAGCAAUUAGCCUGAGCCGGCAUGAUUCAUCCGUAUCUGUGCAUAGUGCCACAACAUUCAUUGCACUUCCUUCUACAGUUAGGUCUGUGUCUAUGAGAGAUAUGGGUACAGAAAUGACUCCUAUCGCUAGCCAAGAACCUUCCAGGACUGGAACACCUGUGAGAGCAACAACGCCAAUGCGCAGCCCAUCUUCUUCUCGGCCCUCAACUCCUGGCCGAGCUGCACCUGCUUCAUCUCCUGUUGAGACAGUUGAUUGCCCUCUAGAUCUUAACAAAGAAGAGUUGUCAGAGAAGGAAUUACAAAUGAAAACUAGGAGAGAAAUAAUGCUUCUUGGAACUCAGCUUGGUAAGACAAAUAUUGCUGCUUGGGCAAGCAAGGACGACGAGGAUAAGGAUGCAUCUACUUCACUUAAGACUGUACCCGUGGAUCAACAAGCCAAAAGUAUCAUUGAGACCCGUGCGGCUGCCUGGGAGGAAGCAGAGAAAGCCAAGUAUAUGGCCAGGUACAAACGUGAAGAGAUCAAAAUCCAAGCAUGGGAAAAUCACCAAAAAGCAAAGACAGAGGCCGAGAUGAGGAAAAUUGAGGUUGAGGUGGAAAAGAUGAGGGGUCGAGCACAUGAUAGAUUGAUGAACAAGCUUGCAGCAGCAAGGCAUAAAGCUGAAGAGAAGCGAGCAGAAGCCGAAGCCAAGAGAAAUCAACAAGCUUCAAAAACUGAGCAGCAAGCAGAGUAUGUCAGGAGAACUGGCCGCAUACCUUCCUCUUUUUCCUGCUGGAAUUGGUGCACUUGAAUUCCUAUUCUUAUUCCUUGGAGCA